UUCAUUCUCUAUCUUUCGUAGCAUAUAUGCAUUGGAGCGGGGUAAGCAUGGCUGGUCGGCGGUGAAGCGCGAUAGUAAGUACCAGGGGCGGGUUUGCAAGGGAUCACCUAAGCUCCCUAGCAAAUGGUAUUGCUCUUACUUCUUUAUUAGGCCGACCCCCGGCACUUGGCAUGCGCCAACUUCGGCGCCUCUCUCGACUCUGUGGGGUGAGGGUUCGGAAGAAACUUGGGCUAAGGCUUUUACCCUUGCGAAGCCUGAGCGGGAACAGAAGCACCACAUUCUUCGUGCGCCCCCUGUGGAUUUUGGGAGAAAAGGGGAGAGAGCGCGCGCCCUGGGAGAACUUUACGACCAUGGUAUAUUCCUUUCGAAUGAUUUUAUUCUGUGUCCCAACUUAUGGUAUUUGCGUAACUCUUUUUUUUGCAGAUUCUGACUACUCGAGCCUAGCGAAGAUGACUAAGACGAUUCCUGGGACUUCCAGAGCUAGGGCACAGAAGGCGCCUAGCAUCCCUGCCGAGCGAACGCCCCGUUCAUCUGGCAAGGCGUUUGAUGACGUCGAGGAGGCGUCUCCUCGAUUGUUUCCUUCCUUGGGGUCGCGCGACCCUCUCCCAGAGAAGACCUUAGGCAAGCGCCAUGCCUCGGCCGACUCUCCCAUUGUGGUUCCGAAGAAGAAGAACAAGCCGAGCCUUGGGAGCAUUGAUGAGAUUUUGGCACCUCCUCGCUCGCGACGUGCCGUAAAGCCGAAGGAGCCUGUUCCAAUCUCUCCGUCCGCUGCUCUUAAUGCUCCAAGCGCUUUUACUUCGGCCUUGGAGUUGAAGAAGUUCCUUAAGGUUCCCCUUGACGAGGGUACCUCUCCUGCAGGCUCGGCGUGUCAGCACUUGUUCCAGGCGAUGCUUGAUGUGAUUACUCUUUUUGACAAGAGUGCGGAGAAUCGGGAUCGUGCCCACCAGAACUUUCUGCAGGCUUCUCAGUUGAAAACUGACAAGAUCACCCUCCAAGGUGUUAACUCUCGUCUGGAGGAUGAGUUGGCAUCGGUGAAGCGACAGCUUUCAGAUGCCUUGGCUGCUGAGAGUGUUUCUGCUCGUGAAGAGAAAGAGAAGGAGAUAGCAUUCCAGGCGAAGCGGAUUGAUACCUUGGAGAAGGAGCUGUUGGCGAUGUCUGCCGCUAGGGGUCACCAGAAGGAGGAAUUUAAGAAGAGACUGAUCAAGGAGCGUGAGGAUGCCGUAGACGCCCACUUGUCAUCAGCGGAAUUCCGUGAGUGGCAGCAGAACCUGCUGCUCGGAGUGAAGAAGAGGGCUUUCAUCGGCAUUCGCAAGAAGGUCCGCUCCGAUAAUCCUGACAUGAAGUGGGAUACUCCGGAGGUCUGGCAGGCUAUGGAUGACUACUUCCUCUCCCUUGGUACAGAUAACGAGCCUUCUGACUCGGACCCGUACCCCUUGGAUGAGGGUGACUCUUCUGCCGAUGAUGUGGAGGUUGACGUUGAGAAGGUUGGGGAAGAGGGAGUAGGUGACAACGUUGAUGCCAAUGCUGGUGCCGGGGAAGGUGGUGGGGACGUGGUUGUUGUUGAUGGUCAGGGUGGCGCCUCGGAUGGUGGUACCGAUGGUGACUCUAGCUCGUCCGACAAUCAUUCGAGCAAGUCAGACUAGUAGAGUUGGGACGUUUUUUCUUUUCCUUGUUCGUUUGGACUUAGUCACUUUUUAUGUUAUCUUCUGCUCAUUUCUCCUUUGCAUGUCUGUGGAUGUUUUAGCCUUCGGGCUGUUAUUUUGGAACAGCGUUAUCAGCAAGUUUUCCGUUUUCUUGGACCUAUUGUGAAUGUUGUUUCAUUUCUG